UUGACAAAUGCGCUCUCGUAGGCGCAGGCCAAAGCCGGGUAUUUCUUUGGGCAUCCGAUAGACCAUCGGCCCAACGCCUCCCCUCUCCCUGGUCCCUGCCGGCCACGCCACUGCCAGCUCUCGCCCUCAUCUCCGGCACGUACCCGAGAGCCCGGAGCCGCGACUCGCCGUCAGCUAACGCGAUUCGUGCUACUCCCCCUCUUGUUCGCAGGAUCACCCUUUCCCUGGCCCGUGCGCGGGAAGCCCUAAACCGAGCCGAGAAGCGUCGAGCGACGCCUCGCCGGGAAGCGGCGGCGGCCGUCCUCUCCGCCCUUCCCUGCCUGUUGGCCGCCGAGAUGCAGAACCCUAGCGGCCACCACUCCGCGACGCCCGCCCCGGCGGCGACGCCGUCCAAGUCCAAAUCUUCGGCGCAGAACCCUAGCGGCCACCACCCCGCGACGCCCUCCCCUUCGGCGACGCCGUCCAAGUCCAAAUCGUCGGCGCAGGCCGCGACGGCUGGACAGGCGUCCUCGUCCUCCCACCACCACUCCGGCGGCGGCGCCGAUGCGUCCGCCUCCACGCUCAAGCGCAAGCGCGGCAUGUUCCAGAAAGACUUGCAGCACAUGAUGUAUGGAUUUGGGGACGACCCAAAUCCUCUUCCAGAAACCGUUGCACUUGUGGAGGACAUUGUUGUAGAAUAUGUCACUGACCUGGUGCACAAGGCACAGAACGUUGCAUCAAAGAGGGGGAAGCUCCUGACAGAGGAUUUUCUGUACCUUAUACGCAAGGAUAUGCGGAAACUGCACCGUGCUACUGAACUGCUCUCCAUGAAUGAAGAGCUCAAGCAAGCAAGGAAAGCUUUUGACGUGGAUGAAGAGACACUGGCAACAAAUAACGCGUGAUACGUCUUUGCAGAAGCCUCAGAAACCAUCAUAAUCUGGUCGUACAAUGCACUGCCUCUGUCAGGCAAUUGUCAGCGUCAAUUUGUGUUUGUACUGGUGCAAAUUUCAGUAACGUAGUUUCCUGACAGCUGUUGCUUGAAUGGUUGUAUGCUUUGCUCAGUAAAGAGGAAAGGUUGCACAUUCAACAUAUUCUUAAUGUUAAGAUACCUGUAUUUCCAUAUGUUGUAUCAGAUAAUAGAUGAAAUUCGCUGCUCUA